AUGCUCUUGCCCUCCAAGAAGGACCUCAAGAGCACGCUGGAGGUCUUUGCUGUUUUCCAGUGGGCCCUCUCUGCCUUUCUUAUUGGAAGCACCGUGCUCUUUGUCAACCUCUACCUGGUGGUGUUCACAUCAUACUGGCCUGUCACUGUGGUCAUUCUCACCUGGCUGGCUUUAGACUGGAAGACCCCAGAGUGAGGUGGCCACCGGUGGGCCUACGUGAGGCGUUGGUGCCUAUGGAAACAGUACUGUGAUUACUUCCCACUCAAGCUUUUGAAGACUCAUGAUCUCUCCCCCAAUCACAACUACAUCCUCGCCUGCCACCCUCAUGGACUCAUGUCCCAAGCAUACUUUGGCCACUUUGGCACAGAGAUCUCGGGCUUCUCCAAGAUCUUUCCUGGCAUCACUCCUUAUGGCCUCACCCUGAGUGCCUUUUUCUGGCUGCCUUUCCUCCGAGAUUAUAUCAUGGCUGCAGGGGCCUGCUCUGUGAGCCGAUCCUUCAUAGACUUCCUACUCACCAAGAGAGGAGCAGGCAACAUGCUGAUUGUGGUGGUCGGUGGCCUGGCUGAGUGCAGAUACAGCCUGCCAGGAUCUACCACCCUGGUCUUGAAGAACCGCACUGGCUUUGUACGCAUGGCCCUUCGGCAUGGCGUCUGUCUAAUCCCUGCCUAUACCUUUGGGGAGACAGAACUCUACAAUCAGCACAUUUUCACUCCUGGAGGCUUCAUCAAUAGCUUCCAGAACUGGUCCCAGCAUCUGGUACACAUCUACCCUUGUGCUUUCUAUGGGCGUUGCUUCACUGAGAACUCCUGGGGCCUUCUGCCCUACGCUCGGCCUGUAACCACCAUUGUGGGGAAGCCUCUACCCCUGCCCCAGAUUGAGAACCCGAGCCAGGAGACAGUGGCUAAAUACCACGCGCUCUAUAUCAAUGCUCUGCACAAACUGUUUGAUCAGCACAAAACCAAGUAUGGCUUCUCAGAGACCCAGAAGCUGGUGAUAAUUUGA